AUGCCCCCACUGCCGCGAGCUCCACAUCAGCUCCUGUGGCUGUUCCUAGUUUUUGUGUCAACAGUGAAGAUUCCUUGGGUUCGCACCUUCACGUUGCAGAGGGGUCUUCAAGUUUCAGUUCAUGCGUGGGGAUGUAGGAAGAAGGUCCCAGUCCCUAGGGUGGGCAGGGCCCUGCAGAGACCGACCACUCCUUUGAAGGCCACAGAGGAAUACGAUGAUUACAAAUAUUUCACGGAUGAGUACAUCCCGCCGCUUCCCCCCGUGGAGACAUGGGAGGAACUCCUGAUGAAGGAAGAAAUUAGGAACAAGGCGGAGGACGAGCACCGGAGCGCGGACGACUACACGCUCACGCACGAGAGCAGGCAGAAGGUGUUGGACAUCAUGCGACAGACGCGCCUUAUCAACCACUGCAACUAUGAAGUCCAGAAGAACAAGCAGAGGAAUGUGCUGUACUUCGUGACACCCAAAAUGGGCCCCUACUGCAAACUGAUGGAAGGGGAUAAGGACAAAAUGGAAAGCCUAACCAACAAAGUAAAGGAGAAGUUCGAGAACAAGAUACAAAUAGUGAACCUCAAGAUGGACGUGAAAAUGCCCCUGUUCGAGAUUUUCCUACAAGCUAACAUACACACCCAGAUAAAAAUUUUCCACGCGAGGGGGAGGACUUUACAGUACAGGUUGCCACCCCCCUUCUGGACGAAGUGUAAAAUAUUAAAGGAGAACAAGCUGCUGCAGGAGAAGUACGGAGGAGAGUGUGCUCCUGGCUUGUUCCCACGUUACGAUGAGUACAUUAUGAUGGAAAUGAUGACUGAGUGUGUCUUCAACGAUAAGUACAAUUACUAUGUGUAUGAUGUGAAUUUGGAGUGGGAGAACUUGUGUGCUCUUACUCCAGAAAACAGAGAACUGCGGAAGAUGGUUCACCAGAACGUGCACGUGCCUACUCGUUUGGCCGUUAUCAAGGCCUUUGAGGAGGGCAUAGCCGAUUUCAGAGACGUUAUCCACGAGGAACACCUCAUUAUGCUCCGUGAGCAGAGGAAGAUGAAGGAGAAUCGCCGUUACAACUUUUAG